GUGACGAAUUAGUCUCGUUUUCCUUUAGCCCCAAGCCAAUCCUUCCCUAUAUAUACUCCCCCUCUCCCUCUCCCUCUCCACCCUUUCUACCUGUCGGUUUUCUCAUUUUCGAGAAAAGGGAGACCCCUUCACUUGUUAUACCCCCACACAAACAGGAAUCAUAAGCAUUAAGUUUUGGUUUUCAUUUUCUUCAUCAGUUUUAGGAGGAGGAUCAAAGCUAUAAAGUUAGUAUUUGAAUCUUUUGUUUCGUCCACACACACACACAAAAAUUCAAUCGGAUUUACAAAGUUCGUUGACGUCAAACUACAAAAUUAUGAGCUUUCAAGGCCGAAAUAGAUCAAGAAACCCUUCACAAAGCACUCGUCAAGAAUGGGUUCCUAGAGGAUCGUCAUCCACAACCACCACCGUUGAAAGCAGCUCAACGGCCGCCUCUAAUUCAACCCCUAAUGUCGACCAAACCUCAACUCGAAAUGAUAAUAAGUACAGACAAACUGGUCGGCCCACCAACCAUAGGAGAGAUAGGGAAAAGGGAAGGAGUGAGACUCAGAUGGCGGUAAGGAAGGAGGUUGAUCCUAAUUUGCCACAGCUUGUGCAGGAAAUUCAGGACAAGCUUAUAAAGAGUACGGUUGAAUGUAUGAUUUGUUAUGAUAUGGUACCGAGGUCUGGUGCUAUAUGGUCGUGCUCAAGUUGUUAUUCUAUCUUUCACCUCAAUUGUAUUAAGAAAUGGGCGAGGGCACCCACUUCUGUUGAUUUGGUGGCCGAGAAGAAUCAGGGUUUUAAUUGGCGUUGUCCGGGCUGUCAGUCUGUGCAGUUCACAUCCUCUAAGGAGAUACGGUAUGUUUGCUUUUGUGGAAAGAGGACCGACCCUCCUUCUGAUUUGUACUUGACUCCACAUUCAUGCGGGGAGCCCUGUGGAAAGCCCCUUGAGAAGGAGCUGGGAUUAGGUUCUAGGGUGAUGAAGGAUGAACUUUGCCCUCAUGUUUGUGUCUUGCAAUGUCACCCUGGUCCAUGUCCUCCUUGUAAGGCGUUUGCUCCACCACGUUUGUGUCCUUGUGGUAAGAAAGUUAUUACAACCAGAUGUUCUGAUAGGAAGUCGGUUCUUACUUGUGGUCAGUGGUGUGGUAAACUUCUUGAGUGUGGGCGCCAUCAGUGUGAACGUAUUUGCCAUGUCGGAGCUUGUGAUCCUUGCAAGGUUCUAAUUAAUGCCCCCUGUUUCUGCAAGAAAAAGGUUGAAGUUGUCAUCUGCGGUGACAUGGUUGUGAAGGGAAAGGUGAAAGCAGAAGAUGGCAUUUUUUCUUGUAGUUCAACAUGUGGAAAGAAGCUUAGAUGUGGUAACCAUUACUGUGCUGAAAAUUGCCAUCCUGGUCCUUGUGGGGAUUGUGAGCUGAUGCCAAGCAAGAUCAGGUCUUGUUACUGUGGGAAAACAAGCUUGCAGGAGCAAAGGCAAAGUUGUUUGGACCCAAUUCCAACUUGUUCAGAGACAUGUGCCAAGUUCCUUCCUUGUCAAGUGCACCGAUGUGACCAAGUCUGUCAUGCUGGGAAUUGUCCACCUUGUCUAGUUCUUGUCACCCAAAAAUGCCUCUGUGGAUCAACUUCUCGGAGGGUGGAAUGCUACAAAACAACACUUGAAAAUGAGAGAUUUACAUGUGACAAGCCUUGUGGGCGUAAGAAGAGUUGUGGUAGACAUCGGUGUAGCGAGCGAUGCUGCCCUCUCUCGAACUCUAAUAGUCUUCGCUCCGGUGGUUGGGAUCCACACUUCUGCCAAAUGGCAUGUGGGAAGAAGCUGAGGUGUGGACAGCAUUCUUGUGAAUCUCUUUGUCACAGUGGUCACUGCCCUCCAUGCUUGGAAACGAUCUUUACUGAUUUGACAUGUGCUUGUGGAAGAACUUCAAUCCCUCCUCCAUUGCCUUGUGGUACACCACCGCCUUCAUGUCAACUUCCAUGCUCAGUUCCGCAGCCUUGUGGCCAUUCGUCUUCUCACAGCUGCCAUUUUGGAGACUGUCCACCUUGUUCUGUGCCUGUGGCGAAGGAAUGCAUUGGAGGACAUGUUGUUCUUAGGAACAUUCCUUGUGGGUCGAAAGAUAUCAGAUGUAACAAGCUCUGCGGGAAGACCAGGCAGUGUGGAUUACAUGCAUGUGGGAGAACUUGUCACCCAGCUCCAUGUGAUGCAUCAUCUGGAGCUGAACCAGGUGUCAGGACCUCUUGUGGGCAGACAUGUGGUGCCCCUCGGAGAGACUGCAGGCAUACAUGUACUGCACCUUGUCAUCCCUCUGCACCAUGUCCUGAUGUUAGGUGUGAUUUUCGAGUUACAAUCACGUGUUCUUGUGGCCGGCUAAGCGCAACUGUCCCUUGCGAUGCUGGGGGCUGUACUGGUGGUUUCAAUGCCGAUACAGUGUUUGAAGCUUCUAUUAUCCAAAAAUUGCCCGUGCCUCUUCAACCAGUGGAAUCAACUGGCAAAAAGAUUCCUCUUGGACAAAGGAAGCUUAUGUGUGAUGAUGAAUGUGCUAAGUUGGAGCGCAAACGGGUUCUUGCAGAUGCCUUUGACAUCACUCCCCCAAAUUUGGACGCACUUCAUUUUGGUGAGAAUUCGGUUACGUCAGAGGUGCUUUUUGACCUGUACAGGCGUGAUCCGAAGUGGGUUCUAGCUGUAGAGGAGAGAUGCAAGUUUUUGGUACUCGGCAAGAACAGAGGAACAACAUCGGGUCUGAAGGUUCAUGUGUUCUGUCCAAUGCUGAAGGAUAAGAGAGAUGCUAUCAGGAUAAUAGCAGAAAGGUGGAAGCUUACUAUUAGUGCUGCUGGUUGGGAGCCCAAACGUUUUAUUGUGGUUCAUGUUACUGCCAAAUCAAAACCACCAGCUCGCAUCAUUGGGGCUAAAGGGUCGACCAGUACUGGGGCAGUACACCCUCCUGUUUUUGAUCCUCUAGUAGACAUGGAUCCAAGGCUUGUUGUUUCUUUCCUAGAUUUGCCCCGAGAAUCUGAUAUAAGUGCAUUAGUGUUGAGGUUUGGUGGGGAGUGUGAACUUGUUUGGUUGAAUGACAAGAACGCAUUGGCUGUAUUUAGUGAUCCUGCUCGAGCUGCAACGGCUAUGAGGAGAUUGGAUCAUGGAUCAAUUUAUACUGGGGCUAUUGCCUUUGUUCAAAGUGGUGGAGCAUCAUCUGCUAAUAAUGCGUGGGGAGGAACAGGGCCAAGUUCUGCUGUAAAGGCAAAUCCAUGGAAGAAGGCUGUGGUGCAGGAACUUGGUUGGAAGGAAGAUUCAUGGGGUGGUGAUGAGUCUCUUGGUGUCACUUCAGAUCCGGGUUCUGCAUGGAAAGGCAAAGAUGCUCCAAUUGCUGCUUCAGUUAACCGCUGGAGUGUUCUGGAUUCUGAAACAGGUGUAAGCUCAUCUUCUGGAGCAGUUCGAUCAGAAGAUCCUUCAAAGCUGGCUGGGGUUCAAUCCUUGUCAAAAAUGGAUUCAAAUGCUGCCAAUUCAAGUUCAGCUGGGCUGCUGGGUGGGGGUUUAAAUGAAACAGAGCCAUUGGAGGUUGUAGAUGAUUGGGAAAAGGCUUAUGAAUGAGAGUGAAGAGAGAAAUAUACCUCUAACCUUGUGGUCAGGGAGAUGGGGCUGCCCAAUUUCAUUUUCAAGUGGUUGGAAAAACUUCAGUUUUGUUUUGCUUGUCCAGUUUACACCUGAUAUUAGCAUAUAGGUGUUAUGAUGAUUUUUCUAAUUUUUUUUUCUCGCCAAGACUUAUGCCCCUUUGGCUGUAAUGGUGAAUUUUUGUUGCAUUUGAGAAGCAGCUAAAUAUACAACCUUUUUUCAA